UUACUUUACAUUCAAUUGAAUACAUUGUAAACACAAUAAUAGACAACAAAUACUUUUUACAGCUUUUUAUUAGUUAAAAGAGUCUUAAAUCGGACACUAAAUUAUGUCACUAUUGAAGACACUGUCGUUGGCGAUGACCAGAAUCGGCAGACCUGUUAUCGGGAGUGCCCAUAGUGUCCGAUGCAUGAGUGACGCCAGUUUUGUCCAUCGAGAAGCCGAUUUGGACACCAAGACGUUUGAAUUUACCGAAGAAAAUAAAAAAAGAGCCGAAGCACUGCUCGGUAUAUAUCCGGAAGGCUUUAAACAGGCGGGAGUCAUACCACUUCUUGAUUUAGCUCAACGACAAUAUGGUUGGCUACCAUUGAAGGCCAUGAACUAUGUGGCCGAUUAUCUGCAGAUGCCUCGUAUGCGGGUCUACGAAGUGGCCACCUUUUACACGAUGUUCAAUAGGGCACCCGUCGGCAAAUAUCACGUCCAGGUGUGCACAACCACACCGUGUAUGUUGAGAGGCGCUCAAGAACUAUACGAAUAUACCAGAGACCUAUUGAAAGACGACAAAGACUUCAAAGUGAUUGAAGUCGAGUGUUUGGGCGCCUGUGUUAACGCACCAAUGAUUCAGAUCAACGAUGACUACUAUGAAGAUCUGACCAAUGAAGAUGUUAAGCAAAUUGUGGCCGACUUAAAGGCCGGCAAAAAACCGAAAGCUGGACCGUCGGCCAAAAGCGGUCGACUUGCGUGCGAACCGAAAGGUGGUCUCACUUCGCUAACAACGCCGCCACCCGGACCGGGAUUCGGGUGUCGACCAGAUUUGUAAAUUAAAUAGUAAUAAAUGUAGACUAAAUAGUAAAUGUUUUUAUUAAAAAA